AUGCCAGUUUUAGACGGGCUUCGGCAUGGCGAGCCAGUCGACGGCAGCGCCAGUCCUAGUUUCCAUACCGAGCCUACUACCAAGCGACAAAAGAUUGUAGUGGUCGGAUUGGGAAUGGUAGCUAUUUCCUUCAUCGAGAAAGUGAUCAAACAAGAUACAACCCGCCGAUACGAUAUCCUUGUCAUUGGAGAAGAGCCGCACAUCGCCUACAACCGUGUAGGACUCUCAUCAUACUUUGAGCACCGUAAGAUUGAGGACUUGUACCUCAAUCCGAAAGAAUGGUAUAGUACGGAUCAUUCAAAGAGCAACGAGCUUUUGAUCACCAUCUCAACACCCGAGUCACCGAAAUCGAUUCCAACAACAAGACUGUUCAAACAUCAACCGGAGAAACAAUCUCCUAUGAUAUCCUCGUGCUUGCCACCGGCUCUGAUGCCGUCCUUCCCACACACCCCUGGCCAUGAUGCCAAGGGCAUCUUCGUAUACCGCACCAUCCAAGAUCUCGAACGCCUCAUUGACUUUGCCUCUAAAAACAAGGGCAAAACAGCCGUUACGGUCGGAGGAGGUCUGCUGGGCCUGGAAGCGGCCAAGGCCAUGACGGAUCUGGAAGAUUUCGGCCAUGUCAAAUUGAUUGAUCGCAACAAGUGGGUCUUGGCCCGACAACUAGACGCAGACGCCGGCUCUUUGGUGACCCGCAAGAUUCGGGAGUUGGGGCUCGAUGUGCUCCACCAGAAGCGGGUAAAGACCGUGAACACUGAUGAGGAUAACAACGUGGUGGGUAUUACAUUCGAGGAUGGUGAGGAGAUUGAAUGCUGCUGCAUUUGCUUUGCGAUUGGUGUGAAACCCCGAGACGAACUGGGCCAAUCGGCUGGUAUCCAGUCGGCUGGAAGAGGAGGCUUUGUCAUUGACGAAAGCCUCCAAACAUCCGUCCCAGAUAUUUACGCCGUGGGCGAGUGUGCCAGCUGGGAAAACCAGACAUUCGGUAUUAUUGCGCCCGGCAUCGAAAUGGCCGAUGUUCUCGCCUACAACCUUACAAACACCGACAAGGAACAGAAGCGCUUCACUCGCCCAGAUCUUAGCACGAAGCUGAAGCUGCUUGGUGUUGAUGUUGCCUCGUUUGGAGAUUUCUUUGCCGACAGAGAUGGACCUAAGUUCCUUCCUGGUCGGCGCCCCUCCGUCAUCGACGGUGCAAACUCAGAAGCGCCUCGUGAGAAAGAGCCUCCUGUCAAGGCAUUGACAUACAAGGAUCCAUUUGGUGGAGUGUACAAGAAGUAUCUCUUCACAAUGGACGGCAAGUUCCUCCUGGGAGGUAUGAUGAUCGGCGAUACCAAGGACUACAUCAAGUUGAACCAGAUGGUCAAGAGCCAGAAGGAACUUGAAGUCCCACCAAGCCAAUUCAUUCUUGGUGCACAGGGCGAUGGCGAGGAGAACGCCGAUGACCUUGACGAUAGCGUGCAAAUUUGCUCUUGUCACAAUGUGACCAAGGGUGAUGUUGUCGAGUCGGUCAAGAACGGGACAUGCAAGACUAUGGGCGAAAUCAAGUCCUGCACCAAGGCUGGUACUGGCUGUGGUGGCUGUCUGCCUUUGGUUCAAUCCAUUUUCAACAAGACCAUGCUUGAAAUGGGACAGGAGGUGUCGAACCAUUUGUGCCAACACAUCCCCUACUCCCGUGCAGAUCUUUACAACAUUGUCGCCAUUAAGCAGCUGAAGACGUUCCCCGAAGUAAUGAAAGCCGCCGGCAAGAACCCCGAGUCUUUGGGUUGUGAACUGUGCAAGCCUGCAAUCGGUUCUAUUCUGUCCAGUCUAUACAACCCCCACGUCAUGGACAAGGGAUACAACGACCUCCAAGACACCAACGACAAGUUCCUCGCUAACAUUCAGCGAAACGGAACAUUCUCCGUCGUGCCUCGAGUACCGGGUGGAGAGAUCACCGCGGAUAAGCUGAUUGCCAUUGGAUCAGUCGCUAAGAAAUACGGACUGUACUGCAAGAUCACAGGCGCUCAGCGUAUCGACAUGUUCGGAGCAAGGAAGCAGGAUCUUCUGAACAUCUGGACUGAGCUUGUGGAUGCUGGCAUGGAGAGUGGUCAUGCUUAUGCCAAGGCUCUUCGUGCUAUCAAGAGUUGUGUCGGUACCACCUGGUGUCGAUUCGGUGUCGGUGACAGUGUUGGUAUGGCUAUUCGAUUGGAAGAGCGAUACAAGAGUAUUCGCGCUCCUCACAAGUUCAAGGCCGCUGUGUCGGGUUGUGUAAGAGAAUGUGCCGAGGCGCAGAAUAAAGACUUCGGUCUUAUCGCGACCGACAAAGGCUUCAAUAUCUAUGUCGGAGGUAACGGUGGUGCAAAGCCUCGCCACUCUGAGCUGCUCGUUACGGAUGUACCCCCCGAGAUGGUGAUGCCCAUUAUCGAUCGCUACUUGAUCUUCUACAUUCGAACUGCCGACAAGUUGCAAAGAACUGCCCGCUGGAUCGAGAACUUGCCGGGUGGAAUUAACUACUUGAAGGAAGUCAUCAUCGACGACAAGCUGGGUAUUUGCGCCGACAUGGAGCGACAGAUGCAGGAACUCGUCGACAGCUACUUCUGCGAAUGGACUGAGACUGUCCGAGAUCCCAAGCGUCGCAAGACGUUCCAGCAAUUCGCCAACACAGACGAAACGGUCGAAACGGUCGAAGUAAUCAAAGAACGUGCCCAAAGCCGCCCCACAUACUGGCCUGCGACCUCAGCGCAAGAAGACUUCAAGGGUCAUCAGUGGUCUAGCGUCUCAUGGCAACCCGUGGUUAAAUCGGAUCAUUUCUCGGAUGAGCCUCCACAAGUUUCGUCUGCGAAUGUUAAGCGAGGAGAUACCCAACUCGCGGUGUUCAAGAUCAAGGGCAAGUACUAUGCGACCCAGCAGAUGUGUCCUCACAAGCGAGCAUUCGUUCUUUCAGACGGUCUGGUCGGCGACGAUGACGCUGGUAAAUACUGGGUCUCUUGCCCGUACCACAAGCGCAACUUCGAGCUGAACGGCGAGCAAGCUGGGCGGUGCUCCAGCGAUGAGAGUUUGAAUAUCGCUACUUUCCCUGUAGAGGAGAGGGAUGAUGGGUGGGUCUACGUCAAGCUACCUCCCGUCGAGGAGCUAGAUUCAGUCCUUGGAACCGAGAAGUGGAAGGUCAAAAAGGGCGAAGCUCCAGACCCGUUCCAGAAACUGGACAAGCGAUACAAGGGCAUGAAGGGCAAGAAGGUGGUUGAGGGUGAAGGCGUUUCCAAAUCACUAGCUCAGCCCGCGAAGGGAAUCGAGUGGUAG